CUUUGCUAUAUUCACAAAUCUUUGAAACGUUCUGUAAUUGUUGAAAAUCUAUUUAAAUAUUAUUAAAAAUUCCUUGAGUCAACAGUAUUAGAUUCUUCCGCAGUUUUAUAAUUACAAUUCAUUUGCUUAACGAAAUUCAAAAUGUGCUCACGCGAUCCUGCUUCCAAUCAGCUAAUUGAUUACAAGAAUAAAGAUGCCGAAGAGCAAAAACUCUGCACCACAUCGGCUGGAGGACCCAUUGGAGUCAAGGAUGCCAUACAAACGGUGGGACCUCGUGGACCUGCACUGCUUCAAGACUUCAUUUUCCUGGACGAGAUUGCUCAUUUCGAUUCGGAGCGUAUUCCAGAGCGUGUUAGCUAUGCGAAGGGAGCCGGAGCCUUUGGCUACUUUGAGUGCACGCAUGAUAUAACAAACUUUUGUGCCGCUUCCGUUUUUGAGCGUGUAAAAAAGCGCACAGCGAUUGCAAUGAGAUUCUCGGUGGCAUGCGGGGAGAAUGGUUCAGCGGAUACGGUGCGAGAGCAGCGAGGCUUUGCUGUCAAGUUCUAUACGGAAGAAGGCAUCUGGGAUAUGGUGGGAUGCAAUAUGCCUGUAUUUUAUGUUCGGGAUCCAUCAUUAUUUCCCAGUUUGGUACACGCACAAAAGCGUAAUCCACAAACGCAUCUUCGGGAUCCCGAUAUGUUCUGGGACUUUAUGACGCUACGUCCGGAAACUCUGCACGCUUUGCUCAUGUAUUUUAGUGAUCGAGGUACUCCGGAUGGUUAUCGACACAUGCAUGGAUAUGGAGCACACGCUUAUCGCUUUGUGAAUCCAAGCGGGGAUACAUUCUAUGUGAAAUUUCAUUUCAAAACUGAUCAGGGCAUUAAGAAUUUGGAUUCACGUCGCUGCACUGAGUUAAUCUCCCAUGAUCCCGACUAUUCCAUACGUGAUCUGUACAAUGCCAUCAAGAAGGGCAACUAUCCCAGCUGGAGCAUGUUCGUACAGGUGAUGCUCAACGAGGAGGCCAAGAAGUGCAAGUUUAAUCCAUUCGAUGUGACCAAAGUGUGGCCCCAAAAGGAAUAUCCACUGAUACCUGUUGGAAAAUUGGUACUCGAUCGCAACCCUACCAAUUAUUUCACAGAAGUCGAACAGUUGGCUUUUAGUCCGGCUCAUUUUGUACCCGGCAUCGAACCCUCGCCAGAUAAGGUGCUUCAGGGUCGUCUCUUUGCCUACGGAGACUCGCAACGACAUCGACUGGGCACAAACUAUAUGCAAAUACCCGUCAAUUGUCCAUAUCGCGUGCAGGUGAAAAACUUCCAACGUGAUGGUAGCAUGACCGUCAAUGAUAAUCAGGAUGGUGCCCCCAAUUACUUCCCCAACUCAUUCUGUGGUCCCAAAGAGAGUCCACGUGCUCUGGCCCUGCAAACCUGCUGCCCCAUUUCGGGUGAUGUCUAUCGAUAUAUGUGCGGCGAUACGGAGGAUAAUUAUAGCCAGGCAACCGAUUUUUGGACCUAUACCCUUGAUAAUUGCGGACGUAAGCGUCUUAUUCGCAACAUAUCGGAGCACCUAUCCGAGGCCAGUCAAUUUUUGCAAGAACGCGCUGUUAAGCUCUUCACCAUGGUACAUGCUGACUUCGGACGCCUGAUGACUGAGGCCCUGAACACGGCCAGAAUAUCAAAGUUCUAGUUCAUAAAAAUACAUUUGAAUUGACUUUCGAAAAUGAACGAUUGUUUAAUAAUUAUACAAAUUUUAAAGUAGAUAAAAUAACCAUAAAAACGGA